AUGUUAUCAUACAACAACUUAUGGUUGCUCACAGAAAGCAACACAAAUGCCGUCAUUGCUAAUUUUACUAAUUUGGGAUUGGCUUCUUGCAACCUUAGUGAGUUCCCCCAUUUCUUGCAUAAUCAAUAUGAGUUGCGGCGCCUGGACCUUUCCUCAAACAACAUUCAAGGCCCAAUACCUUCUUGGCUGUGGAACAUAAGCAGAAAUUCAUUGGAGUAUAUGAACCUUUCUCAUAACUUAUUAACUGGUUUUGAGGAAGCUUCGGUUGUUCUUCAAUGGGCUCAUCUAACCAUGUUAGACAUUCGGUCUAAUAUGCUACAAGGAUCACUGUGGUCCACCAAUUACUUUGAUGGAAGUAUUUCCCCAGCAUGGAGAAAUGGAUGCAAUUUGAGAUUUAUCAAUUUAAGCCACAAUAGAUUGCAAGGGCAACUACCAAGAUCAUUGGCCAAUUGUUCAAUGUUAGAGUUUAUCAACUUCGGUGAAAAUCAAUUAAAUGAUAGUUUCCCUUAUUGGUUGGGAAAUCUUCCGCAGUUGAAAGUCCUCAUUUUGAGAUCCAAUGGCUUUUAUGGUGCAUUAAGGAAAGUUGGAACGAGUAAGUUUUCUGAGCUUCAAAUCAUUGACCUAUCUCAGAAUAAAUUCAUUGGGCAUCUGCCAACUGCAUACUUUGAGAUAUGGGAUGCCAUGAAGAUUAUAGACACAAGCCACAUGACAUAUAUGGGUGAAAGUGACAUAUAUCCUGGUUCAUUUCCAGUUUUUGCAUAUGAAAAUUAUGAUUACUCAAUAAUCAUGAAUAACAAAGGCUUGCGAUUGGAAUAUUUGAAAAUUCCAAGCACUUUGGCGGCCAUUGAUUUCUCAUGUAAUAGAUUUGAAGGGGCAAUUCCAAAUGUCAUUGGAAAUCUUAAAGCACUUCAUUUGCUUAACCUUUCCAACAACAUGCUCACUGGUCAUAUACCAUCAUCUUUGGCAAACAUGAAAGAAUUGGAAUGCUUGGAUCUUUCUAGCAACUGGCUCUCAGGACAGGUACCUUUGCAAUUAUCUGAACUCACUUACCUUUCAUCAUUCAAUGUGUCUUGGAACAAUCUUUCAGGUUCUGUACCACAAGGAAAACAAUUUGACACAUUUGAUAGCAACUCAUAUAAAGGGAACUCAGGAUUAUGUGGAGCUCUUUUGGAGAUUAAAUGUGGAAAAUUUGAAACUAUCCCAUCAACUCCCUCCACUUUCACAGACGAUGAAAACUCAGGAUCUUUCUUUAAAAUUAACUGGAUGAUAAUAAUGAUAGGUUACGCAGGUGGCUUGAUAGUGGGAGUGGUUGCUGGGAAUGAGUUCACCAAAAGAAAACAUGAUUGGUUUGUGAAAACUUUUGGAAGGAAACAAUUGAGGAGACAAAGGAAGAAAAACAUAAGAAAUUGA